CGCCCCCGCGCGCGCAAAACGCUCGCACAACUUUAUAUAUGCGCCGGUUUCGUUGAAAAUAAAAAAAGCCAACUCCAGAGUGUGUUGUCUCACGUUCAGUAUCACGCAGGGUGUUUCGCGGUGCGUGGCGGGUUAUUUCAGUUGGCUUGCUGGCUCUACAUCAUCAUCAACAACAUUGUAAUCAAAAUUAAUAUCUCACACACACACACAAAAAAAACACGGUGAUUAAAUUGAUAAAAAUAUAUUUCGGAUGAUAACAAUAAUAAAUAAAACAAAAAUUUAUUGACAUUAUUUUUGGAGUGAUUUUUAUUAUUAGUUGAUUGUUUUUGUUAACGCUGUGGGAUAAGAGACACCAGAUAUUAAAUUAUUUAUUUUGAAAAUAAAUAAAUUCAAAAAAGGAUAAUUGUAAAUAAUUUGUUUUUAUAAUAAUUAUUGAAAAAUAAAUAAAUAAAUAAAUAUGGCAGAAUUAAUAACAAAGAAGUCAACAAAUAUUGUAAGUAAUAAAAACAAUGAUGUUUGCAGUGUCAAAUCUAACAAUGGUUUGAUAGAUAUUGAUAACACAACCCCAAGUAACAAUUUUAUAAUGAAAAAAUUAUGUGAAGAUGAAGAUAAUAAUGAAAAUGUUGAUGUUGAUGAUUUAAUACUAACAAACAAUACAAUUAAUGAAUUAAAUAAUGAUGAAAAAAGUUUACAAGAAUUAAUUGAAAAUGAAUUGGCAUUGAGAAUAUGUACAGAUGAUGAUGAAGAAGAAGAAGUUGAUCAAGAUCAAGAUGAUCAAGAUGAUAAUUGUAAACCGAGUGUAACAACAAUUAAAAAAAUUAUACUGGAACCACAUCAAGAUUUAACUGAUAUUAAUACUAAAUUUAUAAACAAUGAAAUAAAUAAUUAUGAUAUUGUUGAUGAAUCAUUUAAUUUUAGCAUUAAUAAUAAUCAUGAAACUGAUGAUGUUAAAUUAAAUCAAAACAAUUCAAUUGAACAAGUAAUAAAUGAUAAUAAUUUAGCUAUUGAUAAUGAAACAAAUGAUGAUGAUGUUGUUGAUGUUGCUGUUAAUGGUGAAAUAAAUAAUCAAAAAAUAAAUAUAUCAAGUCAAGAUUUAGAGCUUCAACAAACAACAUCAAUUGAUGACGAUGAAAAUAUUAUAGAAAAUAAUAAAAAAUUAAUACAAGAUGAUGAUGAUGAUGAUGAUGAUGAAGAAAAAAUAAAUUUUUUACAAGUUGAUGUUGAUAAAAGUGAUGGUAAUGUUUUUGUUGUUGAAUAUAAUGAAGACAUAAAAAAUUCUGACAUUACUCAAGAAAAUGAUAAGCAUCAACAAGAUCAACCGGAUGCUUGGUUGGAUCCAGUUACAUUGACUGUCAAUCAACAACAAACUGGUGAAUUUUCAGAUGAUUUUACAGAAAAUAUUGAUAAUGAAAAAAUAACACAAGUUAUUGAUUUAAUAAAUGAUGAUAAAAAAAAUAUAAAUAUAUUUAAUAAUAUAACAGUUGACAUUGAUAAAACAUCAUUAACAAAUAAUAAUAAUAACAACAAUGAAAAUAUAUUUAUUGAAAAAAAUAAUAAUGAUUAUGAAAUAAUUAUCAAAGAAAAUGAUACUGAUGAAAUUAAAGAAAUUGAUGAUACCAAUGAAAAUUUAAAAAAACAAAAUGACGAUAAUUUUUCAUCAUUAGCUAAUAAUGAAAUAGAUCCAAUAGUCAAAAAUGAUAUUUAUAAUAAAUCACAAAAUGAACAAUCAAAUUCAAUGAGUUGUAAUAAUAGCAAUAAUAAUAUUAAUAAUAAUAGUAAUAAUAAUAAUAUAGAUAUUGAUUUUGAAUUUAAAAAAACUAACAAUUUAUUAUUGAUUUCUAAUAAUACUGAAAUAACUGAUGUCACAGCUGACAAUGACACAGCUAUUUAUUCAGCAUCAAUCGAUAAUUUGCGUGAUAAAUGCUUGAGUAAUAUUAUUGCUCCCUUAGCAACCCCGGAUGAUGAAACAAGCAGCGAUUUAUCUAAUUUGUGUGAAAUAAGUGAAAUACAUGAAGAGGUGAUAACAAGUAAUACGGUUACAUCAUCUGUAUCAAAAACAUCAACUAAAACUAAAAAAAAGAAAAUCGAUGGUGUUGCUGGUAAUGAUGCAUCACAAACUACACCGAAAAUUAAAAAAACUAAAAAAAGCAAAAAAAGUGAAUUGGAAAAGGAAAAUAUAUCAGUGAAUGGUAAUGCUGCUGAAUCAAAAAGCAUGAAUACAAGUAGUCGUCAAGGCAGUCAUUAUAACCAGGAAGAAUUAUUAUCAGACGAGGAUGAUCUGUCAAACGUCAAUGUCAAAUCAUUGACACAAUGCUAUGUGUCAGAAACAAGUCGAGAUGAAAAUGGAAAAUCUAAUAAGGAAGUCAUUGAGACUGGUGUAUCCAUCAAACAGUUGUGUCGAAGCUUUGGUGACAUAUCAAAUGCAGAAGAGGUUGAAAAAACAACAAUUGAAAAUGUCAAACAGACUAUGGAUACCCAAGAAAAAGCAAAGUCAAUGGAUGAUUUGAGUAUCUAUGGAAGGAAGUCAAAGAUGUUUUCGAUUGAUGCAUCAGUAUUUGCCAGGGUUUCAGUAACAGCUCUUAGAGCAUCAUACUGUAGUUUGGCUAAUUUAACAAAAACCAUUGAACACGAUGAACAUCAUAAAUAUUUAAAAUUUGAGAAAUCAAGUUUCAACAAAUUUGAUGCACUCACUAAAAAAUCAGUUCUUCAUGUUCGCUUGGGUGAUGGAACAAAAUCACAGCAACAAUUAAACAUGGUUGGUCAAAAUGGUGAUGCCAAUCCAAAUUGUCGAAGUUGUGGCAAGGUCGUAUUCCAAAUGGAACAAAUGAAGGCCGAGGGUUUGGUCUUUCACAAAAAUUGUUUCCGAUGUAGUGUAUGUAGUAAGCAAUUGAAUGUCGACAAUUAUGAAAGCAAUGAGUGCAUCCUGUAUUGCAAGGCACACUUCAAGGAGCUGUUUCAACCAAAACCGGUUGAAGAAUCAGAUCAACCAGUGAGACCAAGAAAACCAGAGAUGAUCAUACGUGAGAAUGAACCAGAAGAGCUGCCACCUGAUGUGGUCAGAGCUUCUGAUAAACCAGAUCUUGGAUUGGAAGAAUUAUCAUCAUUAAAUGUUAAAUCACGUUUUCAAGUAUUUGAAAAAUCAAAAAAUGAUAUUAACAAUGAUAUUGAAAGAUCACCAUCACAAGUUGCUGUUAAAAGAUCACCAAGUAUUCUCAGCAAACUUGCAAAAUUUCAAGCUAAAGGAAUGGAUAUUGGAGUAGCUGAUGAAUCAUUAAAUGGAAUUCCAUAUGAGGAAUCAAGUGAAAGUGAGGAUGACGAAGACCAAGAAGACACUGAUGAAACAGACGGUGAUAUUGUUAAAUCAAAACGUUCAAGUCGUGAACGUCCAAUGAGUUUUAGCAAAAUGGAUGAUAUUAAAAAUCGUUGGGAAGUUACAAGUCAACAAGGAAGACGUGAAACACAACGUGAAGCACGAAAAGAAGAAAUUGCUGGAAUUAGAUCAAGACUAUUUAUGGGAAAACAAGGAAAAAUGAAGGAAAUGUAUCAACAGGCUGUUGCUGAGAGUGAAAAACAACAAAAAAUAAAUGCUGUUGAAGAAAUACAACAUUCAACACAUGCACGUUCAAUAAAAGAAAAAUUUGAAAGAGGCGAAAUUGUUACUGCAUCUGAUGAUGAAAUUGAUAAUAAACCAAAAGCUGAAAAACCAGAUGAGGAAGUUAUUGCUGCUGGUAUAAGCAGAAAAUCACGUUCUCUAUUUUUGGAAUUGGAUGCAACUGCAGCAAAAACUGGACGUCCAGUAACUCCCGUAAAUUUAAAAACACCAACUGAUUCAUCAAAACGAGCAAAAGAUGCAUUUAUGGCUCGUCAAGUAUCUGAUGAUGUUAUUCGUAGUACUGACACAACUGCUGAGAUUCAAGUUGAAACAACAGAUAUUUCAAAUAAAUUUAAAUUUUUUGAAACAUACAAGGAACCAGAAAAAGAAAGAAAACAAUUUCGUAUAACUCCUCCGCGUGAUACUAAAGAUAAGGUUAAUUCACCAGAACGUGAGAUAUAUCGUGAUCCAGAUGUGAUACGUGCUGAUGAUCGUGUUGAUGAAGUAGUACACACAGAUACAGCUAGAAAAAUGCUUUCAAUAUUUAGACAGAUGGAAGUUAAUGCAUCAAAAGAAGAUUUACCAGAUGGUCCAAAGCCACUAAAACGUUUUACACCACCACCAGAAGAUAAAUUUGCAAAACCAAGUGGUUCUGAUACUGAGGAAGAUGAAGAUGAUGGUGAAGAAUCAGCCGAUGAUGAUAGUACUGAGGACAAAGAUCCAAAUUAUGUCAGGGCUUCUGACAAGGUUGAGGAUGAAUUUUUAAAACAAUCGCAAAAUGCUGAUAAAGCUAAAACACUACGUGCAAAAUUUGAACAAUGGGAAACAACUGAUGGUAAAACAACUAGUCAUCAUAUUGCUGAAAUGGAUCUAGCACAAGAUGGUGGUGAACAAGCAAGUAUUGAAUCAGCAAGAAGUUUACGUGCACGUUUUGAAUCACUUGGCUCAACACCUGCUGAAACAACACCACGUACAGCCAAAGUCAAGGUCAACAGAUUUGUGGAAAUUCAGACAGCAUGUACGGAUAUCUGCGAGAGCUGUGAAAAAAAGGUCUAUCCCUUAGAAAAAGUUGAGACAAAUAAUAAAAUAUUUCACAAACAAUGCUUCAGAUGUUUGCAGUGUAAUUGUGUAUUGAGAAUGGAUACUUUUACUUUGAACAAUGGCAAACUCUAUUGUAUUCCUCAUUUUAAACAAUUAUUUAUCACUCGUGGUAAUUACGACGAGGGUUUUGGUGUUGAUCCACACAAAAAUAAAUGGGCAACAAAUGGAAAUUCAACAUCAGCAGCUGUUAUCAAUGGUGGAGCAACUCCAGUUGUUCAACAAGUUUAAUUUAAAAUAUCAAAAUACACACAUUAACAACAACACCACACCUAAAUCAAAACAAAAACGAAAAAACAAGACUACAGAUGAAUUUUAACACAAAUUUUAAUGACAAAAAAUCAUUUUUUUUUUUUUUUUUUUUUUUUUUGCAAUUUUAAAAAUCAUUUAUGACAAUUUAUUUAACUUUAUUAUUAUUUUUAUUUUUUAAUUUUUAAUUAUGAUUUAAUAGUUGAAAUUUUCGUGCAAUUUUUGAGAUUUUUUUUUUUUUUUGAAUUGUCACCUGGCUGUGUUUACUCAGUGCGAGGGUUGCACAAAAUAUAAAUCAUUUACAAAAAUAAUUAAAUUAAUUGGUAGCAGUGCCAAACAAUGAAAAAUCUAAUUAAAAUAUUUUUAGUGUUUUUUUUUUUUUACAAAAUUAAAAGUAUGAAUUUUUAAAUAAUGCUCAUCAACUUGAUAAUAAAGAAAUAUUUAAAUGUCUAAAAAAUAAUUAUGACACUUUGUCUGUAACGUGUAUAAGUUAAUUUUAAUAUAAAAAAAAUAAUUGUUUAAAUGAUUGAUUUUGUACUUUCUACAUUUUUUUUUUCUUUUCAAAUUUUAAUUACAAUAAUAAAUACUAUUUACUACGUUGUAAUAUAUUUAAAUUAAAUUUGAUUUUUGUUUUAAUUUCCCAAAAGUGUAAUAGCUGCCGAUCUAAAUGUCAUUGACAAUAGUUGAUUAAUUUAUUAUCUUGCCUUUUAUUGAAAAAUUAAAAAUAUUUAAAAUAAUUUUUCGAGAUAGAUAGAAAUGUAUUUUUCUAAAGUUAUCAGUUAACUUGUGGGUGAAUGAAAAUUAAUAAAAGUCCGGAAUGUUAGUUUAAUUUUAGAUGAGAGUCAGAAUGUGAAGACCAAGAUGAAAAAAAAAUAUUGAGUGAGCAAAAGAGAUGAUGAUGAUGAUGACGACGAAGAAGAGAGUGAGAGAUAAAUAUAUUGUGUGUUGAGAAUGAUGAUGGAACCUUUUAAGGCUCGACAACGCAGCUGGGGAAUAUACGAAAAAGCAACAAACAUUUUUCACAUCAUCACAGUGUGGGGUUGAUGUUGCUCUUUCUUUGUCUCUCAUUAUAUAUCACAUACACACAUAGACAUAAAAAUUUUGGGCUCAGUCUCUAUUUUAGUAAUUUCUUAAUUUGUCUCUUCUCAGCCUGCCUCGAGACUAAAACCUCUCAAAGAAAUCAUUUUUAUAUAUUUAUAUAUAUUUUGUCGGAAUCUAACCAUGUGGCAAGCACGUGCCAACGUUUUCUGCAAUCACCAUGAGGUACAUGUGGCCAUUUGUCAACUAUAUUUAUACAUUUUUAUUUUUUUAUAUAAAUAUAUAUUUAGAAAAAAAAUUCAACUCUCGGCUAGGGUUAAAAUUUAUUUCUCCAUUGAAACUGCUUGAUGAACGAAAUUCAUAUAAUGUGAUUACUAAUCACGUGUCAUCAGGUGAUCAAACAAAAUGGGAUUCAAUUAAUCAUAGACAAUUAAAUUAGUAUAUAAUAAGAUUUAUUAUAAUUACAUUUAUAAGAAUAUGAUGAGAAGAAGAACGAUAUAUGCUAGAUAGAAACGAUCAGUUGCAAUUUACUUGGGUCUGUUCUUGUCUCUGAUUUUUUUUUGUCGUCUGAUCUUCUGGUACUUGCAUGUUCGUAAUUGCAUGUUGAUUUAUAUUAUUUUAUUUUAUUUUUUUUUGUUCGUCUGGAUCAUAGCCAAUUGAUAAAUUAUAUACGGAUAAAAUAGUGAGUUAAGAGGCACAACACAAAUGUUAAAGGAUAACGAAAAACGCGUGACAAUGUCAAUGAGGACUAAAUAAUAAAUAAUUUAUGAUAAUAACAAAUAUUCAUGUUGUAUAAGCUACAAAGUACAAUACAGUAUGAUAAAUGUGCGUAAAAUAAAGGCAUUUGAG